UCGACAGAAUCUCUGCUGUCGCGCACUUUCGAAUUUGAUCCUCUAACUUUCUGACGAUUCAUAAACUGUGAAUAACGUCGAAGUCCGGCAACUGUCAAAUGACAUUCGCAUUUAUAAGGUUACUGCUUUGAUUUUGAAAUGGCAGCAGAAAUAAAACCCACAUCUGGAGGGAAUAAUGAUAAGUUUAGUUCCAGUCGCAAGCCCGUACUUUUGUCUAAAUUAGAAGGGUGUAACGAUGAUGUUAACGCGGCUAUUAUCAUCCCACGGGAAGACGGGGUAAUUAGCGUUUGCGAUGACAGAACUGUCAGAGUAUGGCUGAAACGAGACUCUGGGCAGUAUUGGCCAAGUGUUUGCCAGUACAUGCCUGUUGGUGCUACUUCUAUGCAUUAUUCCGUAGAAACGCGCCAAUUGUUUGUUGGACUUGAAAAUGGAAGUAUAAAUGAAUUUCUUUUGGAACAAGAUUAUAAUCGUAUGACUGGUAUGCGCGAAUAUUUAGCUCAUCAAGCAAGAGUUUCUGGAGUUAUAUACGCGGCUAAUUGUGAAUGGGUAUUAAGCAUAGGUCGUGAUAAAUUAUUUCAAUUACAUUGUUCCAAUACUGGAAGGAAAUUAGGAUCGUAUCAAACGGAUGCAUGGUACACCGCUCUGCAAUUUGAUGCGCAAUCUAAACAUGCUUUUGUGGGAGAUUAUUCUGGACAAAUAGCAAUGCUAAAAUUGGAUGCUAACGGUGUUACUUUCAUUACCAUGCUGAAAGCUCAUACUGGAAGUAUUCAUACUUUAGCAUGGGACUCUGAAAAGCAGCUUCUGUUUUCCGGGAGUUUUGAUCAAAGUAUUAUAGUGUGGGAUAUCGGAGGACGUCAAGGCACAGCGUAUGAACUUCAAGGCCAUCACAACAAAGUAACAGCACUUUGUUAUGCGAGCACAGAACGUAUACUACUAUCCGGAGGAGAAGAUGCCGUAAUUGUUUGUUGGGAUAUGGCUGCAAAUAGGAGAGAAACUGCACCUUGGGUUGAGUCUGAUACGUGUCAAGCUUGCGGUAGGCCAUUUUUCUGGAAUAUUAAAGCAAUGAUGGAUCAGCGUCAAAUAGGACUAAGACAGCAUCAUUGUCGUCAUUGCGGACGUGCUCUGUGCGCUCGUUGCACCUCUCAAAGGACACCGAUCCCAUCCAUGGGAUUUGAGUUUGAAGUUCGAGUGUGCGAUCCAUGCCAUAUUCAACUUAAAGCUGCCAACCAAACAUCUCUCGCAUCGUUUCAUGACGCGAAACAUAGUAUUAUUGGAAUGGAUUUGGAUGCUCCACGUCGAAGAUUACUGACCAUCGGUCAGGAUCGCUUAAUUAAAAUAUGGGAUAUUUCUGCGCUGCUUCAGUGAACUUGCAAGUAUAUAUGCUUUUUCCAAACAAAUCAAAUUAUAUGACACGGAAAAACUGUUAUCACUUUUAAACCAUUUAAAAAAUGUGCUAUCCAGAGCGUAUUUUUGUGAUUAUGUUAUUAUUUCUAAUUACAAAUUCAGAUAUACUUUGUGUAAUGUUGAAUUUUUUUGUAGAAAUAACGAAGUAAUAUUGCAAACGUAAUUACACAAAGUAGAAUUGUAAUUAUAGUUUUUAAAAGUUCAAGUCAUCGAUACUUCUUUGCACCAAAUACUCAUGUAUUCCUUGUAUAUUUAUAAAACCAGCAGCAUUAGAUGUGAAUAUAUUUUCUCAUAUACGGUAGACUCGAUGCGAUUAAUUGGAACAAAAAAGAAGACUAAAGUUAAAAGCGAUCUAUCUAUUUUUGGAAUAAUGAUAAAGUUACUUUCAAGAAACAAUACUUUAAUAUCUCAGGUAUAAAAUAUGAUGCCGAGGUAUAUGGGACAACCGAAAUGGAGAAGAGAAGAGCGGGGGAGAGGCAGACAAAUAGACAGAAAGUGAGACUAUUAAUAUCAAUCUUACGACUCUUCAAUAUUUUUCUAAUUAAAAUUUUCCAAGGUACAUCCAGCAGUUUUUAUAUAUAAACUAUAAUAUGGCUAUAUCAUACGUAGGUAUUUUUUUAUUGAAUCAAGUUAUUCUAUACAGUUGCUGUUUAAAUCUUUAGAAAAAAUAUGUAGUUUAUUCAUACUUAUUCAUGGUUUCUCGAGGCAUAUAUGACACAUACUAUAUGUAUAUGUGCGUAAAAUAAAACACUUGUAGCACUGCACGAUGUAACAUUAACUUUAUUAUAUUUUGUUGUUGAUCGGUUUGAAAAAUAUAUUACAUAUAUUUUAUGGAGAUAAAGGAUAUGUAUCCUUAUAUUAUAUACAUUAAUAUUUUUUAUCUUGCGUUUUAUUUCGAUUUUCAUUGAUUGCAUAAUAAUGAUUAUUUUAUAUAGCUAUAAAUAUGUUACGCGAAUUUCAUUAUCGGUUCGAUAAGGCUUUUCAUUUAAAAAUUCGAAUUUUUGAUAUUUCAUACGAAUAUUUGUAUAAUUAUAAACUCAUAAUUAUAUAAAUAUAUGCAUAUAACUUAUCAGAGAG